GCACGGAACCGUUGCUGAUUGUGCACUAUCACCACGGUGACCCUCAGGUCAGGAACUAGCACCACCCCCUACAGCAAGGAGCAGGAGGAGAAAGUUGUCGCCAGUCUGCGAGAGAAGAAGGAAAGGAUGGCGAAGAGGGAGUUAAUCAAGCAGGCCAAGAUGCUGGCCUUGCUGGAGGAGCAAGAGGCGAAGAAGAGGCAGCUGGAGGAGGAAAUGAAGAAGUGGACGCAUGAGCAGGAGGAGAAAAUGGCGGCUAUACAAGCGGAGGUGGAAAAAGAAGAAGAAGAAGAAGAAGAAGAAGAAGAAGAAGAAGAAGAAGAAGAAGAAGAAGAAGAAGAAGAAGAAGAAGAAGUAGAAGAAGUGGAGCCAUUGGAAAGAAGAAGAGGUGAAGCUAGUACGAGUAAGGAGGAGCAGAUUGAGAAGUUGACACAAGAGUGGACCGCACACUUGGAGCUGGGGGAAGAUAGGGAGGCAGAAUUGGACAUACCCCAAGCAGAGAGAGAGGCCGCGAGAAGGGAGUUGGAAGCAGAAAGGGACCCGGUGAGGAGAAAGGCGAAAGAGGAGGAACAACAAAGGGCAUGGAAGUGGCGUAUGUCCCAAGAAAAAGUUAGGCGUUUGGAGGCGGCAAAGCGAGCAGAAAGGGACCUGAAAGCGGCGAAGACCGGGAUGGGGAAGAUCAAGGAAGAGACUGAGAUAGCCACUAAACUUGAUACCCUGACCCAAAGUGUGGAGUCUCUACUAAUUGCACAUCGUGAGCAGACGCAGUACAUCCGCAACUUAGAAGUAAAGAUAGAUGCAAUACGUGUUGGGCUUAAGGAUUUUGUGCGUGACAUGAUGAAGUACCUGGUGGACCAGGUCCACCCGGCAAUUAGUAAAACGAAAGAAUUCUACACUGGCACCAUUGAAGACGCCAAGUUAGCGACUCCUAAGGAAGAGGAGCCGACCCCACCACGCCGUGAGAAAGUCAAGGUCCGUUUCCCGGAACCCUUCAGUGGGAAGAAGGAGGAGGAUUUUGAUAAUUGGGAGGCCAACGUGCACUCCUAUUUGUACUUACAGGGAGUCACGCCUGAGGACCACGUUUUGGUGGCCUUCCAGGCCCUUCGAGAUGAGGCGACCAGCUUUGCUACGUCGCUCGCCCGCGCUGCGAAUUGUGAGAAUGAUAUGGCUACAUAUUCCAGCAUGGGUGCCUUAGGAGAAAGACGAUACACCAUAGCCAUGGAACGGGGCGUAAGCACGACACCGCGUCACAUCGCUCGGCGAGGAACAACGGGUUCCGUAGGGAGCGGGUCGCAUGUGGGGAGCUCGGAUGCGGAGCGAAGACCAUACACGUGCAUAGGAGACUCGCGCAAGGACUUGGGCGUGAACAAGACUUCGAGGUCGAUAGAGACAAAGGAUCGGAGAUAAAAGCGUGCUGACGGAUUUCGCGACGGAGGCUGCGACGGGAUGGCACACAAACGGAGGAGAGCUUCGGUAAUACGGGCCAGCGAACAUACGAAGGAGAAACGGGCAUCAUCGGCUCACUGAGGGAGUGGAGAAUCUAUCGGGGGGAGAAAGGGGGAAACGAGGGAUCACGGUUUGGUUAGGUGGACAGGGGACGACCAACGGGGCUUCAGUGGACAGCAAUCACAGUAAGUUGGAUGACUAAAAGAAGGGCGAAAGGAGGUUAGGGAAGGGGGGAGGAUAGAGUUCCUCGCAGCGGGAGAACAAAGCAAGGAUCAAAGC